GGACAGCAGCUUCAGUCCACGGCUCAAAGGAAAACCUUCCUGCGAGGCAGAGUGAGAAUGUGACUGGGACAAGGCUGCUGUAACGGAGCACGCCGGUUAUGGGGGCUCUCCAGGGGAUCUUCACCUUCACAAGCUGUAUGUGCAGCAAUGCUACGUGUCCAGUUUGCGGCUGCUGUCCAAGCAGCAGGAACUCCACAGUGACCAGAAUCAUCUACGCUUCCAUCCUGUUGUUGGGUACCAUUGUUGCCUGCAUAAUGCUCUCACCAGGAAUGGAGCAGCAACUCAGAAGGGUUCCAGGCUUCUGUGAUGACACGGAAGGCUUCUUUAUUCCAGCCCAUCAGGCAUACUUGAAGUGUGAGAUGUUGGUGGGCUACAAAGCAGUGUACCGCUUCUGCUUCGGCAUGAGCAUGUGGUUCCUGAGCUUCUCCAUUUUUACACUUAACAUCAAGACCAGCAGAGACCCUCGUGCUUCCAUACACAAUGGAUACUGGUUUUAUAAGUUUGUUGCCUUGGUGGCAAGUACAGUUGGUGCCUUUUAUAUUCCAGAUGGGCCUUUCACCUACACGUUGUUUGUCAUAGGCUCUGGAGGAGCUUUCUUUUUCAUUCUCAUCCAACUGGUGCUGCUGGUGGACUUUGCUCACUCAUGGAAUGAGUCUUGGGUGGAAAAUAUGGAGAAAGGCAAUUCCAGGGGCUGGUACACAGCUUUGCUGGCCGUCAUGACCCUUAACUACGUCACUGCGUUUACUGCGGCUGUGUUGUGCUUCAUCUUCUACGCCAAGCCUGAUGCUUGCUUCAUCAACAAGUUCUUCAUCAGCUUCAAUGUGAUGCUGUGCAUCGUGGCCUCUGUUGUUUCUGUGCUACGCAAAGUGCAGGAAUUUCAGCCACAUUCAGGACUACUACAGUCAUCUUUCAUCACCCUGUACACAGUGUUCUUGACCUGGUCUGCUAUGACGAAUGAGCCUGAUCGAGAAUGCAACCCCAAUCUGCUCAGCAUCUUCCAGCAGAUCACUGCUCCCACAGUUUGGCCCCCGGAAACAGAAAACCAGACGGCCGUGGUGAUCAUCGGAGCCGAGGAACCUGAUCAGACGUCCCCCUACUUACAGUGGUGGGAUGCCCAGAGCAUCGUGGGGCUGAUCAUAUUCGUUCUGUGCAUUCUUUACUCAAGCAUACGCUCCUCCAACACGAAUCAGGUGAACAAGUUGACCAUGGCCUCCAAGCAGUCGACUGUCCUCAUUCAGGGGUCCGGCAGCAGCGGCAGCGACAUGUUGGAGGGCCCCAGGGGGCCCCGGCGGGCGGAGGACAACGAGCAAGACAUGGUCCAGUACAGCUACUCCUUCUUCCACUUCAUGCUCUUCUUAGCUUCCCUCUACAUAAUGAUGACACUCACCAACUGGUACAGCCCAGACGCAGACUACACCAUAACAAGCAAGUGGCCAACAGUGUGGGUAAAGGUCUCCUCGAGCUGGUUGUGUUUGGCCCUUUACAUUUGGACCCUUGUGGCCCCUAUGAUUUUCCCCAACCGAGACUUCAGCUGAUGCUGUGACGAGGGACAGAAUAAUUUCUUGUGGAGAUGGACCUGGAACGGCGGAUCUGUCUGACCAGGAUUUGUUUGUAGAGAAUUGGCGAUCAGGUUAAGUGUGCCAAAAGAUGAGCAAUCCACGGAAACAUCUGUUGUGUCAUAUACAGCUUGGGGUUCUCCUUAUGUACCAUUUAAAGGGUGUAUCUCUGCACUAUGCAUUUAUUUAUUUAUAUAUAUAUCUCGUUUGUGUUUUUGACCUUAAAAUAAGAAGUACGCUGCUCUUAGGGAAGACAAAACCAGAAAUAUGACAUGUAUUUUUGAAGAGCUUUACAUACACCUAAGAGAGAAUAGAGUCUAACAAGAGAAUAAUAACCCAGAAGUCAACAUGAGAGCCUAGUGGCUUCCUGUAGUCAAGAAGGGGAAGUGGAGAACUACAGCCAGAUUAAGUUAGGAUUUUUAUCAAGAUUUGACAGCUAAUAAUCAGAAGGAUAAUGUUACUUGGACACGUGGUGAUGGGCUACUGCUGCACGUAGGCAACGCCUGAUACUUUCACGGCCUUGAGAUGUUGCUCAAGGCCGUCGGACUGAGUCUAUUCCCUCGCUCCCUUCCUUCCAGACUGCUUUCAAACUAGUUUAUGAAAUCAGAAACACAUGGCAGUUUCUGAGUUCAGAAACAUGCAGCUUACAAAAUAUUCUAUCCCAGACAUGAUAACGAGUCUUAUCGGCCGCCUGGUGCAUUCCACAGAGCUAUCACUCCUAAACUGCCUGAGACUGGCCGCACAGAGCUCUCCCCACCUGUCUUAUGACCCUGCACAGAGUUAAAAUAGCAGGUUUAAUGACCCGAGAUUAACACACAUCCCAUACAAUAUUUUCAGACUCAAACAUGCUCAGUUGGAAGAUUAAUACUUGAGCACCAACUAUAAAGCCUUAAAAAUGCAAACAUUUUAAAAAGAUUUCAAAAAAUAAGCAUUACUUAGCCUGGUAGGGGCACAAGUAAAGCCUGGUGACCCGCCAGGCUUAUAAUAGACUGGGGGAAACCCUGU